UAGAAACUCUGCCCAAGAAACUUAAGAUGCAGAGACUCUCCCCUUCCUAUUUAUUACUCAUCCUUCUUUUCAAUAUUCUGGCUUCCAUUUCCAUUUCCAUUUCCAUCUUCCACUCACCACUCAAACUCUAAAUUCAACACACAGAUACACAUUUCAUCAGUUAUCCUUUCUAUAAUCUGUAAUUUGUUUGCUUUUCAUCUUCUUUCAAUCGAAUCCUGUUUACACUUAGUGUUAUUCAUCAGAUUCAAUCAAUUUUCGGAAAAAGGAAUCGUGUAGAGUGUGAAAUGGUGUUUGGUUGGCGAAGAGCUUUCUGUACAUCGGUUCCACGGGAAGUGGAUUCCUCCUCCGCCGUUAGAGCAACCGGAGAUGAUCCGGAUCAUGAGAGGAAUGGUGGCGGUGGAGGUGGAGGUGGCGGUGGUGGUACUCCUAAAUUUGGUGGAAGAUUUGGAUUUUUUAGCUCUUCUUCCUCUAAUCCGUCUACGCCUCGGCUUCAAUCGCAGACGGAUUUAACUCCAAGACUUCGUUGUCGAACAAGUAGCGGAAACCUGCCGGAGAAAUCAGCAUCUGUUCCUGUAAGUCCAAAGCUUCAGUGUAAAACAACCGGAAGCCAUGGAGUGUUUCAAUGGUCAUCGACUCCGUCGUCGCCUCGCUCUCCUUCAACUUUCUCUCUCCUCAAAUCAAACUUACGCCUCACCACAAAUAGAUGUGGAUUAUGCUUGCAGAGCGUGAAGCGAGGGCGCGGCGUAGCGAUUUACACGGCGGAGUGUUCUCAUGGUUUUCACUUUCCGUGCAUCGCCGGUCACGUGAAGCAAAAAGGGAGCUUAGCUUGCCCUAUUUGUGGCACCAUGUGGAAAGAGAUGCCUGUGUUGUCUGUAAACGAUGAGAAUCAGAAGCAUCAUUUUGGUGAAGAAGAAGAAACGCUUAGGGAAAAGCUAGCCACGACACUAAUGAUCGAUGUUGUUGAGAAGAAGAACAGCAAAUUGAGCAAACAGCAUUCGUUUAAACCAGAUUUGAAAAUUUAUGAUGAUGAUGAACCAUUACCUUCGCUGACGCCAAAAGCUCGGUUCAAUCCGAUUCCGGAGACUGAUGAAAACUGCGACGAAGACUCCAUCGAAGAGUUUCAAGGAUUUCAUAGUAACAGUAACAGUCCCGUCGGCGUUCAUGCAAAAGAUGUGGACGUACGAUUGCUGCCGGAGACAGCUGUCAUCUCAGCUGGCCGGAAUCAUGAAACAAACGCGAUUAUUCUGAAAGUAAAAGCUCCGUCGAUGCCGCCGGCGAAAUCACAAGGCAGAGCUCCGAUUGAUGUAGUAACCGUCGUUGAUGUGAGUAGAAAAAUGUCAACCGAGAAGAUACAAAUGAUGAAACGAACAAUGAGAUUAAUCAUUUCAUCACUUUCAUCCUCCGAUCGUCUAUCAAUUGUCGCCUUCUCUUCAUAUUCCAAAAGAUUACUCCCUUUGAAGAGGAUGACAACCACCGGCCAACGAACAGCGCGUCGUAUAGUCGACGCCAUGGCUGUUCUCGAAGGCUCAUCAAACGGAAUCGACGCCGUAAGAAAGGCCGCGAAGGUGCUAGAAGACCGUCGGGAAAAAAACGCCGCCGGUAGCAUCAUCCUCAUCUCCGACGUCCCCGACCAGUCAUCACACGUGUCAUCCACGCGCUACUCCCACUCUCAAACUCACCUUGACGUCGCCCUACACACAGUCAAACUCGCCAUUAACGACGAUCAUUCCUUCGCGAAAUCGAUCGGAAAUUUACUCAACGUGGUGGUUCAAGAUCUUCAACUGGACUUCCGAUUUAUCUCCGGCUCACCUCCGGCGGAAAUCACAGCGGUGUACUCGUAUUCACCCAAACCCGUCGCUCUCGGGUCGGGUAGGAUCCGAAUCGGAGAAUUGUUUGCUAAUGAAGAAAGAGAAUUGUUGAUUGAAAUGAAAGUCCCUACGUCGGCGAUGAGGGUCCACCAAGUACUAUCCGUGAGCUGCACCUACAGGGAAUCCUUAACCCAUGAGAUUAUUCACUCUAAAGAGAAUACACUCGUUGUACCUUUACCUAAUCCAACAACCCUCAGAUCAUCAGCGAUCACCAUCCAACGGCUGAGAAGCCUCUUCGUCACCACUCGAGCUAUAGCCGAAUCACGCCGGCUCACGGCUCGUAACGACAUCAUCGGCGCAUACCACAUCCUCAUCUCGGCUCGCGCGUUAAUCCAACAAACCACGUCGGCUUCAUCUCCCACCAACGAGUUUCUAACCAGCUUGGAAGCCGAGCUGAACGAUUUACAACGGCGGCGCGUGGUUCAAGCCGAGAGAGCGACGAUAGAUACAGCGGUAGAGCCGUUAACGCCGACGUCGGCUUGGAGAGUGGCUGAGAAGCUCGCGAAAGUCGCGAUUAUGAGAAAGUCGUUAAACAGAGUCAGCGACUUACACGGGUUUGAAGACGCCAGAUUCUAAUAAGAAAAUUACAGUUUAAGUCCUUGUUGUUUUUAUUAUUACACUUUACACCCUUGAAGAGUAUAAAACGUUAAAAAUGUGGUGGGACCUAUUGAGUAUAAUAGAGACAAAAGGGUACCCGAUGUUUUGACCCUUUUAUUCAGUAGAGAUAAUUGAGAUUGAUUGAAAAGGGAGGGGGCUCUAUGUCUUUUUGUCUUUUUGUUUAUAUUAAAUUUUAGAAUCCAAAAAAAGUUUUAAAAAAAACUGUGACUAUGAUUGAGGAGUAGAAGGGAAGGGGGUAUCUUUUGUUGUUUUUUUUGUGAUAUAUAAUAUUUAAAGUUUGUUGUG